AUGACUUCUAUAAAGAAUUUCUACGGGAGUAGGAUUAAUAUUGGUAAGAAUCACAUAGGUUACUAUGCAGAUGUCGGGUGCGAGCUGCAGUGGUUAGACAUUCUCAAAGCCACACUUAAGGUUAAUCUUACGCCUGUGUCAUUUACGGAUUAUAUACACGCCAGCGUGGGCGGAACACUCUCAAACGGGGGUAUAAGCGGACAAUCAUUUCAGCACGGUCCCCAAAUCUCCAAUGUUUAUUCUCUAUAUGCAAUCACAAGUACAGGAGAAUAUAAACUUUGUACACCAGACUUGAACUCCGACCUAUUUUAUGCCCUUCUCGGUGGCCUUGGACAGUUUGGCAUCAUGACAGAGGCACGAAUCAGACUUGGAAAAGCGCCAACAAGAGCAAUAGUAACAAGAUUGAUUUAUAGUAACUUUCUUGAUUUCACAAAUGACCAAGAGUUUCUUAUUUCAAGCAAUCUUCCAAACUACACCGAAGGUUACAUUAUCGUAAAUAACAUUAUACCAAGUGGUUGGAUAGAUUCCAAUUCUUCUGUCACUCUAAAAGAUGUUGAUGCCUUGUUGAAGAAAUAUAAUGUUCUAUAUGCCAUUGAAUUCGCCAUGUACUACGACGAUCAGACUGUCAACACUGUUCAUCAGAAUUUCAAUAUGUUGGUUGGCACGUUGAAGUUCAUCCCUAAGUUCAUCUUCACUUCAGAUGUGUCCUACUUCGAUUUCAUUUACAGAGUCGGAGACUUGGACCGUCCCGACCGGGGAUCACUGCAAGCUCAUCCGUGGCUCGUUCUAUUUAUCCCGAGAUCCCAAAAGGAUAAUUUUAAUAAAUAUGUAUUGGCUGGGUUGCUUCCAACCCUUGGACAAGCACCUACCAUCCCUCUUUACUACCCACUAAAUGCAACAAAAUGGAGUAAUAAAACCUCUGCAGUGAUACCAGAUGAGGAGAUAUUUUAUACAUUGGGACUACUACAUAGGAGUGAACCCACUAAUUACAAGGUCUUUGAUGAUUUCAACCAAAAGCUUUUGAGUGUCUGUAGAAAAAAUGGUAUCGAAUACAAGAAGUACCUGGCAUUCUACGACAACCAGGCACAGUGGAUUGAACAUUUUGGAUCCAAAUGGAAUACCUUCCGUGAUAAUAAAAGAAAGUUUGAUCCAAAAUAUAUGUUCUCUCCAAGCCUAAAUAUUUUCAACAAUAUUUUGACCUAG